GUAAAUUUUGGAUUGGACAAUUGAGAGACGUUUGGGAAUCAUGCUCACACAAGAAGGCUGUGGCUUUUGGCAUCUUUGCCCUUGUAUGGAACCUGUCAUCGGUCGUAGCUCGCAUAUGGGCAGUGUUCAUGUUAUUUGUGGCGUUCAGAUGUUAUCAACAAUCACUUGUGAGAGAUGAUUGGGUAGAGGAUGAAGCGAAAUGUGAGACCACGUGUCAAGUGCAGAUUGGAGGACAAAGACAAAGGCGUAGGCCUACCUUAGUGGAAUUAAAAGAAAGAAAAUAAAUAAAUAAAAAAAGGUUAAAGAAUGCACACACACUAGAGUUAUUAUAACUAAAGUAGUUGUGCCACUGAUUUGAUCUAAUUAUCUGAUAUAAGAGAAUAAUAUUUAGCCUCUUUUUUGCAUUUUUAAUUCUUUUUAUUUCUUAUUAUUACUGUUUUUGGUGUACAUAUUUUGUAUGGUGACACUUAAUUCUCAAUUAAUAUGGUGAUAUUACAUGCACCAAUUAAUAUACACACUAGUAUACCAACUAGUGUUAUGUCAUUAUUACUGACCUCACCUAUUAUACAAAUUACAAAUAUU